AUGGCUAAAAUUUGCACUGUUUUCUUGAAAGAGAAACGAAUUAGAGAUCUCAUGGCAGAAUUUAACUGUUCCUACAAAAAAGCCCUUAUGCUUUAUGUCCCGCCGUCACCUCCAUCACCGAAUACGAAAAAUGACUCACCUCUACUUACACAACCUACAUCUGAAAAUGAAUCAUCACAACAAGAUAAACAGAUUCCCGGGCCUAAUGAUGUGUAUACACCUAGGCCCGGGGCAUAA